UAACUCUACUUGGAGAGAUUGGAUGCCCAUUUUCCUAAUUUUCAUAAAUACUUAAAUAAAAUCCAUUCCCAAAUGUCGUCUUGACCAACUUGAUGCCAUGGAGCUGCUCGAUGUGACUCGCAAUUAAGGAGUAUGGAGUCGACAGCCGCCCUUCUCUUGCUCCUCUCCUCCUAUGCCUUUCUCCUCGCAGCCGCACCGCCACCUCCACGACCCUCAGCCCCACCUAUACUUCCCAAGGAGUCCCUUCCCACUAAGUCCGGCUACCUCACCGUGAAUGCCUCCACCGGGUCCGCCAUCUUCUAUGCCUUCUACGAGGCCCAGCAGCAUUCCUCGCCGCCCUCUCAGACCCCGCUCCUCAUCUGGCUCCAGGGCGGUCCUGGCUGCUCCUCCAUGAUCGGCAACUUCUAUGAGCUUGGCCCCUGGCGCGUCACUGCCAGCUCUCUUGCUGGUCACGACAUGGAACAUCUCUCGCUCGAGCCCAACCCGGGCUCAUGGAAUCGAAUCUUUGGCUUGCUCUUCCUCGAUAACCCGAUAGGAGUCGGGUUCAGCUUCGCUGCCACCACUGAAGAGAUCCCCCGAGAUCAGCAUUCAGUGGCGGAGCACCUCUUCACAGCGAUAACCGGAUUCCUCAAGCUCGACGCGGAAUACCAAUCCCGCCCAAUUUACAUUACAGGUGAGAGCUAUGCGGGCAAGUAUGUUCCUGCCAUUGGAUACUACAUCCUGAAGAAGAACUGGAAGCUGCCCGUUUCUCAGAAAGUCCAUUUGAGUGGCGUCGCAAUUGGAAACGGUUUGACGGACCCAGUGACUCAGGUGACUACUCAAGCCCUGAACGCUUACUAUUCCGGACUGAUCAACGAAAAGCAGAAGGGCGAGCUCGAGGAGGCGCAAUCAGAGGCACUGAGGCUGAUUCGAAUGGCCAAUUGGAGCGAAGCGGCCGAUGCCAGGAGCCACAUUUGGAGGCUGCUUGAGAACAUGACGGGGCUCGCUACGCUAUACGACUUCACAAAAAAGGUGCCCUACAGGACCGAAUGGGUGGCGAGGCUCCUGCAGUCGAAGGAAGUGAAGGCGGCACUUGGGGCAAGGGCAUCGAUCGAGUUCAAGGAGUGCAGCGACCUAGUGGGGUCCGUGCUGCAUGCGGACGUGAUGAAGACCGUGAAGCCAAUGGUCGAGUACAUGGUGGGGAGUGGGCUGCGGGUGCUGCUGUACCAGGGGCACUCGGACCUGAUGGACGGGGUCUACUCGACUGAGGCGUGGGUGAGGACAAUGAAGUGGGACGGGAUCGAGAGGUUCAUGUCGGCGGACCGGAAGGUGUGGAGGGUGAAGGGGGAGCUGGCUGGGUUCGUGCAGAAAUGGGGCAGCCUGAGCCAUGCGGUGGUGAUGGGGGCAGGGCAUCUGGUCCCGACCGAUCAGCCUCUCAACUCCCAGGCCAUGAUUGAGGAUUGGGUAUUGGAGAAGGGGCUGUUUGGGACAAGAGGAGAGUUUUGAAACAAAGGAGUAAGGACCAAUUUGAGAAUUUCUUGGUUUUGAUCCAAUGAGUUUCUUGAUUGUUGUUGUGAUGAAGUAGCUCUCUUGUAUGAAUUCUCACGAUGUGUGGAAAAUAAAAACUAGAAUAAAAUUCCAUUUCUUACUCGAUUCAUCA